AGGGGGAGGUGACGGUAUAAAACCUGCAGAGGAACUACGAUGGCCACUCACUGGACCUACGACAUGGCUCUCUACAAGUUCUUGGUUCUGCUGGCUGUGGCGGCCGCUGUGGUCUGCGAGGAGGCUGCGGAGAAGACAGUAGAGAGGCCUAAGAAAGACACAGAGAAGUCCACGCUCGCUACGGCAGAAACCGGCUAUGCAGGAUACGGCGCUUAUCCCGGUUACAGUGGAUACUCCGGGGCCUAUCCUUACUCCGGUAACUACGGCGGAUAUUCAGGAGCAUACAAGGGAGCCUACGGUUACAACAACGCCUACAACACAGGAGCAUAUCCCUACAGUGGAUAUGCCGGCUACACAGGAACUGGAGCCUAUCCUUACACUGCAGGUGCAGGAUACGCCGGAUAUAGGUCUGGAGCCUACCCCUAUGCUGGAUACAACUCUGGAGCUUACCCCUACUCCGGAUAUAACGCGGGAGCUUAUCCCUAUGCCGGAUAUAACGCGGGAGCUUAUCCCUAUGCCGGUUACUCCGGUUACACUGGCUACAAAGGCGCGGGUUAUGCAGGAUACCCCUACAACUCCGGAUACACCGGAUACCCAUACAACAACGCUUACAGUGGAUACGCAGGAUACACUGGAAAUAAAGCUGCCGGAUACAACUACCCUUACAACACUGGACAUACUGGCUAUACUGGAUAUACUGGCUACACUGGAUAAAAGGGGUACAUUGCUGGAGUCUACGAUGAGGAAAAAUACUACCCUGAUAAAUGCGAAAGAUCUUACUGAACACCUCUUCCGCUCGCAUUUCCUGUUAUAAUUAAAUAAUAUGUAUUUUAAUGUAUGAUUAAUUUCCUAUUAAUAACUUUUUAUAUUAAUGUUUGUUCCACAUUUUAAAUUGCUUACAAAGAACAUUUCCAUUGUUGGUUUUGUAUGACAUUGCUAGAGCGCUACAAAAAUUUUAUAAAUUGUAUAAAACGGAAUUUUAUUCUAUGCAUAUAAUAAAUUAUGUAUAUACAA